ACCACGUCGUCCCUUCGAUCCUCUAAAAAACUUAACAGGAAGAAAGUCAUCUCUCUCUCUAAAGAGCACAACACCAUGACUAGUACGGGCAGGGAGAUUCUCCACAAGAUGAAGGUGAAGGCUGGAUUGAGUUCAUCUGCAUCUGGUGACACAGGGAAAGGCAAGAGCAAGAUGUCGAAGCAUAUUACACAUGGUUAUCAUACAGUGGAGGGAAAAUCAAAUCAUGCCAUGGAAGAUUAUGUAGUCUCUGAUUUCAAGCAAGUGCAUGACAAAGAGUUGGGCUUAUUUGCUAUAUUUGAUGGUCAUUUGGGACAUGAUGUUGCAAGCUACUUACAAACACAUUUGUUCGAUAAUAUCUUGAAAGAGCAUGACUUCUGGACUGAUACGGAGAGUGCAAUAAGGAGAGCUUAUCGUGCAACGGAUGCUGAGAUAUUGGAGAAUGCGAUUGCCUUAGGAAAGGGAGGAUCAACUGCUGUUACAGCAAUACUGAUCAAUGGCCAGAAGCUAGUAGUAGCAAAUGUGGGAGAUUCUCGAGCAGUUAUGUGCAAGAAUGGUGUGGCCGAACAGCUGUCUGUUGAUCAUGAGCCAAGCAGGGAAAAGGGAAUGAUCGAGAGUCGAGGUGGUUUUGUGUCAAAUAUUCCUGGGGAUGUCCCACGAGUCGAUGGACAGCUUGCUGUAGCGAGGGCAUUUGGUAACAAGAGCUUGAAGAUACACCUCAGUUCAGAACCUGAUAUGUCCGAGCAGAUGAUUCACAAUGAUAUAGAGUUUCUCAUUCUGGCAAGUGAUGGCAUAUGGAAGGUGAUGUCAAACCAAGAAGCAGUAGAUUGUAUAAAGCACAUUAAGGAUUCUCAUUCAGCAGCAAAGAACCUGGUAGAAGAGGCACUUUCCAGGAAAAGUAAGGAUGACAUAUCUUGCAUAGUUGUAAGGUUUCGAUGAUAACUAUCUUUGGGAAAGCAGAAUCUGAGAUUUCCAUUAACGGUGGAAAUGCUAGCUAAUAUGUAUGCUGAAAUUAAUAGCUGAAUUGCAUGGAGAGUGGAAUCUGUAAAACUAUGUCUGUAUUAUUGUUUUAUUCAUAUUACAUUUCUAUCAAACUAUGGUAGCACAAUCUGUCAGAGUGAAAGUUGUUACAGUAGCAAUGCUAAGGAAUGGUAGUGGGAGGGGUGAGGAUCGACAAUGGACUCUAUUUUAAGCUUUUCUUCUUAGGAAAAUCAUGUAUCAACAGGAUGGAAUCCAAUGAGCUCCACCCCUUUUCUGUUUUUA